CUGAGCCGUGCGCGCUGGGCACUCGCUUUGCCGCCCGCGCACCGGACACACCGGGGCGCAGCGGGAGCCCGUGCGGGGCGGGCGGCCGUCCAUGCGGCGGCGCUCAGGAAGCACGCGGGGCUAAGGAGGCGGACGCUCCGGACCAGCCCAGGAGUUGAACCUGCAGAAAACUGGGGACACCUCUGAGCAACCCUUGCCUUAGCCUGGACCUGCAGCAUCAUGGUUUCCCAUUUCACAAGCUGUCUCAGUGUGCUGGGCGCCCUCCUGAUGCUUGGUUCUCAGCUUGUUUGCGCGCAGCCCUCUACUGAACACAGAAAGGUCCCGCAGCGGAUGGCAGUAGCAGAUGGAACCCCAGAGGACAGUGGCGGUGGCUCCCCAGGAGUUUGGGGUUCCUGGGGCCCCUGGUCUGCCUGCUCCCGCAGCUGCAGCGGUGGUGUGAUGGAGCAGACGCGGCCCUGCCUGCCCAGCUCCUACCGUGGUCGCGGAGGCUCGCGGCCCAUUGGCCCUACGCUGUCCUUUGCUGGCCACGUUGUGUCAGCUGUCCGCACUUCAGUACCACUACAUCGAAGCCGUGAGGAGCAACGUGCCCUGGUGGGCUCCGACGCCAGCCGCCCAGGCCCCACAGUGGUUCGAGGCAGUCGACACCCGCAGUCCCGGGGCCGAGAACCCUCAGAGAGAAGGAGCAGGACCCGAGGUCCCAUCGGCCCUGGCAAGUAUGGCUACGGAAAGGCUCCCUACAUCUUACCGCUGCAGACGGAUACCGCACAUACUCCACAGAGGCUUCGGAGACAAAGGCCUUCAUCCCGGCAUUCCAGGUCCCAGGAGGCAUCUGCCUCUAGGCAGGGCUACAGACCACCAGCCCGCCAGUUCUCCAACAAUGGACCGCACUACCAAAGUGGCAGUGGCCCUCGUUCUGGACAGCCGGCUUCUGAGGCCUCUAUCUAUCAGUUGCCUCUGACUCAUGAUCAGAGCUAUCCUGCAGCUUCGGGUCUCUUCCACAGCCCGGAAUUGAGCAGUAACAGUGGUGCCAGGCCCCAGGGGGCAGCUCAGGCCUUUUCCCAGCCUCUGCGAUCUACAGCAAUCUCAUGCAUCGGGGCCUAUCGGCAGUACAAACUGUGCAACACCAAUGCGUGUCCGGAAAGUGGUCGAAGUAUCCGGGAGGUACAGUGUGCAUCCUAUAACAACAAGCCAUUCAUGGGCCGGUUUUAUGAAUGGGAACCGUUUGCAGAAGUAAAAGGCAAUCGCAAGUGUGAGUUGAACUGCCAAGCAACCGGCUACCGCUUCUACGUACGACAAGCUGAGAAGGUCAUUGAUGGCACCCCCUGUGACCAGAAUGGCACAGCCAUCUGUGUGUCGGGACAGUGCAAGAACAUUGGCUGUGACGACUUCCUGGGCUCCGACAAAGUUGUGGACAAGUGUGGGGUGUGUGGAGGUGAUAACACGGGCUGCCAGGUCGUGUCAGGAGUGUUCAAGCACGCCCUCACCAGCCUGGGCUACCACCGAGUUGUAGAGAUCCCCCAAGGAGCCACGAAAAUUAACAUUACAGAAAUGCACAAGAGCAACAACUAUUUGGCCUUGCGAAGUCGCUCUGGCCGCUCCAUCAUCAAUGGGAACUGGGCAAUUGACCGCCCGGGGAAGUAUGAGGGCGGAGGGACAAUGUUCACCUACAAGCGACCCAAUGAGAUCUCCAGCACUGCUGGGGAGUCCUUUUUGGCUGAAGGUCCCACCAAUGAGAUCCUGGAUGUCUAUAUGAUACACCAGCAGCCCAACCCAGGAGUCCACUACGAGUACGUGAUCAUGGGGAACAAUGCUAUCAGCCCACAGGUGCCACCCCACAGGAGACCAGGAGAACCUGUCAAUGGGCAGUUGGAGGCCAAAGAUAGAAGCCCGGAGGACAGAGAAGAGAGGGAGAAGAACCAGGAGAAGGAAGACUCACGUGGCGAGGCCCCUGAGGUAUUGACACCAGACUCCUCGCACACACAGACCUUCCCCGUCAGGCAUCCUGAUAGGUUCCCUUCCCACCGACCAGACAACGUGGUGCCAGCCCCACAGACCCCCAGGCGAAGCCGGGACCACAACUGGAAGCAGCUGGGGACAACAGACUGCUCUGCCACCUGUGGGAAAGGGUCGCAGUACCCAAUCUUCCGCUGUGUGCACAGAAACACACACGAUGAGGUUCCUGAGAGCUACUGUGACCCCAGCAUGAAGCCAACCCCAGAAGAGGAACCCUGCAACCUCUUCCCCUGCCCAGCCUUCUGGGACAUCGGGGAGUGGUCUGAGUGCAGCAAAACCUGUGGCCUGGGCAUGCAGCACCGCCAGGUCCUGUGCCGCCAGGUGUAUGCCAACCGCAGCCUGACGGUGCAGCCUUACCGCUGCCAGCACCUGGAGAAGCCUGAGACCACCAGCACCUGCCAGCUCAAGAUCUGCAGCGAGUGGCAGAUUCGGACCGACUGGACCUCGUGCUCGGUGCCCUGUGGCGUGGGGCAGCGGACCCGGGAUGUGAAGUGUGUGAGCAACAUCGGGGAUGUGGCACAUGAUGAGGAAUGCAACAUGAAGCUCCGCCCAAAUGACAUCGAGAACUGUGACAUGGGGCCCUGUGCCAAGAGCUGGUUCCUCACAGAAUGGAGUGAAAGGUGCUCAGCCGAGUGUGGGGCUGGAGUGAGGACUCGUUCAGUGGUGUGCAUGACCAACCAUGUCAGCAGCCUGCCUCUGGAAGGCUGUGGGAACAACAGGCCAGCGGAGACUACGCCAUGUGAUAACGGGCCCUGCACUGGCAAGGUGGAGUGGUUCACUGGCAGCUGGAGUCAGUGUUCGGUCGAGUGUGGCAGUGGGACGCAGCAGAGGGAGGUGAUCUGUGUUAGGAAGAACGCCGACACCUUUGAAGUGCUAGACCCCUAUGAGUGUUCGUUCCUGGAGAAACCCCCGAGCCAGCAACCCUGCCACCUCAAGCCUUGUGGAGCUAAAUGGUUUAGCACAGAAUGGAGCAUGUGCUCCAAGAGCUGUCAGGGCGGAUUCCGUGUCCGGGAAGUACGGUGUCUGUCAGAUGACAUGACCCCGGGCAGCCUCUGUGAUCCCCAGUUGAAACCAGAAGAAAGAGAAUCUUGUAACCCUCAGGACUGUGUCCCAGAAGUUGAUGAAAACUGCAAGGAUAAGUACUACAACUGCAAUGUGGUGGUCCAGGCACGCCUCUGUGUCUACAACUACUACAAGACCGCCUGCUGUGCCUCCUGCACCCGAGUGGCCAACAGACACACAGGCUUCCUGGGGAGUCGGUAACACUCUUGCUCUCCUGGGGCUGUAAGCAGGGCACCCGGCUGGUUGCUGCUCCACCGGGGACACCCCUCCCCCACUCUCACCUUCAUGAAGAGUACCACAUGGUCCCCAAGAUGUUAGAAAGCCAUGGCUGGCCCUUUGAGCAUUGCUCUGUCCUGAUGAUUCCCUUCCUUGGGACCUGGCGCCUGCUAAUGGCGCCCACUGAAAACCAAGCAGCCAAGUGCAUGCAACUCUCAUCCCAGUGUCGGGCUUGCUGUUGUCCAAGUCAGCAGCUGGACCACUGACCAAGCACAGCCUCCUUCCUGAUGCUCCUGGCCUGUCCAGAAUGAGCACUCCUCUGGAAAGUCAAGAGAGGACAGCACCCCAUCCUAAAUCACCAACAAGCCUUGCUGAGACCUGUGCAUCCCUGUUACCUCCGCCCAGCUGUGCCUGUCGCCAUUCCUAAUGACAGUAGACUGUUUCCUGCCUCAGGACAGAGGGAUCUCACAAUAGAAACCUUUCUUGUUUGCAGGUACAUGCAUUCUCAGACAUGAGCUCACUGGAGGCCGCAGCAUCAUAGAAUGGGGGACAGGGGUUGAAUAAGUGUUCCCACUCUACUAGCAGGGAAACUGAGGCUCAACUCAGGUAACUGACCUGCCAUUUUGUGGCAGGGCUGAGUGCCUACCUCAGAUGGCUGAGCAUAAUCUCACCCCACAGCACCUCCAGUGACCAGCCUGGGGCCGGUCCAUAGGCCUGUAGUCUAAAGAAUGAACGGGGCUUCCUAUCUGACCAGGAGGCUGAGAAGUUUUGCAUUCUGUGAACAGAACCCAGGCUUCUGAAGCCCUUGCUCUGUCCCCAAGUGCUGCCUCAACCAAGUACUUAGUUCUUUCCAGAUGUCUGCACCCCUGUCCCCUCCCCUUAGUCACAGCUCCUGCUGACAGAACUCUGUGCUGUUUGCUAAGUUCCAUCUUCAACAGAACCAUUCCACAAGACAAGAAAACCACAAGGAGAGCAAGAUGGCAGCCAGCGAUUCUCUGGGCCACUCUGGAGCCGGCACAAGCUCCCGAAUCCCGAAUCCCACAAGCUCUUGUUCUACCAUCCCUCCUGGGCUCUUUGUGGUGCACCACCUGCCGGAAAGCCAAGCCAGUAGUCCCAGCAACUCUCUGCAUUGCAAAAGGCAGAGUCUUUUUCAGACCUUGUGGGUUGGUUAAAGGGUUUCUCUCUGGUAGUCUCACAUCUUUCUCCUCCCCUCCCCCCCCCUCCUCUUCCCUCCCCUUCUCUCCCCUCCCCUCCCCUGUGACUCAUGACUCUUCCCACAAGACUUGACCAUCAAGAUCCAUUUUAAUGGUGUGGGUCUGGGAGACAGAGCCCUGAAAUCCUCCCCAUCUUCACUGACUCACUUUACCCACCUGUAAUUCCAAAGGCCCCAGGCCUAAAGGGACUCAGUGCAUAUUGAAAGGUGAACCAUCUUCAGGGGUUGGGGGACACAAUUAAAUGGAGUAUUUCUUUUUCUUAUUUUGGGUCCUAGGUUUCUCUUAAAGCAAGCACAUACCCUUAGCACAGGGUCCCUCCAUGAGCUCAUUGCCUGCACCAGGCAGCAUGGCAAUCCUUCACAGCCAUGGAGAUAGUGUCACCUGUCUAGUCUGCCACACUGUCAGGAUCCACUGGCUUUGGCCUUCUGUGAGCAUCUCCCAGCAUCCAUCUCUGCUUGGAAAGCCAGGCACCACUUCCAUCAGCAGCUCCUCCUCCCUAGUUGUUCAUGUGGCACACAGAUACACAGCCAGGCAGAGACCACGCUUACCUUGCUAAGCACGAAGAGAAGUCACCACACACACAGUUUCUGUCCAGUUCCCUCCCUGCCCCUCUCACUGUAUGCUUUUGCUCGUCCCAGGUAACUUUUCCCUUAUGCGGCCAGUCUCAGAUCUUGCUAGACAAGCCAGUCAUUUGUAGGAUUCCUUGGAAGGUGUUUGGGUACAUGCCAGAGGGUAAGGCAUGCAUGGUCUGUGGGUUAAAACGGGGCUUGGCAUUAGCUCCAAGGAAGGAAAAUGUCCUCCACCAACAAUGGGCUACACAGGGACUAAAGAACUUCUCAGUGGAGAGUGAGCAUCCUGGUCCUUCCAACUCACAAAUUCUCAGGGCUGGGCUGGGUUGAUGAUGGCUUUGUCUAUCCUGUGUCUCAGACGUCACCUCAUAGUUCUUAGGAAAGACAAUGAUCCUCCUGUGGAGUGGGGGUAGGUCAGAACCAAGGGGUCAGGCCCUGGUCUUCAGGCAAACAAAAAACAAAAAACAAAAAAAGAAACAGCUCACCUGAGUUCAAUGGAUUUUUUCCAGAAAAAUGAGCUGUGCUCAGGAGUUCAGUCCCCUUUUAAAGGCUCUAGAGUUCUAGAAUGGGAUCGAUUAGCCUCUUCGUUGCAGAAGGCCAAUCUGGCAAAUGUCUUGGUUUCAUCUGAUGACCUGUUGGCUUUUCUCCCUACCACAGUGUGUGCUGUGGGGUCUUGUGGAUCCCCAGUGAUCACCAAGGAAGGGAUGCCUGUCCCCGAAGAUGGUUCUUCAUCUGCCAUCUCCUUCUCAGGACUCUCCACAUUCCCCUCAUUGGCUGUGAUGUGGAAUUGAAAUUUGUAUUUCAAUACUGAUUUCACCCUGUGUGCCAGAUGGCCUGAAUCCCCAGCUCUGACUGGAAAAUUAGAUAAAUUAAAGCUACUGUGUAGUCUUUCUCAACAAAAAUCAACAAAGCCCCAAAUGAAAAGCGUGUGCUGUUUCUCUUUCACUCACUGGUAAAAAAGAACCUUCCUUGCAGCCCCUGUGGAGUCUAUUCCGGUUUACCUCCCAGGGCCUGCAGGAAAUUCGCCAUCUGACCGCUAGAGGGAGCAGUUCCCUUCUUGUAGAACAUGCUCAACCUCCUAAGAAGCCCGGGAGCUUUGCUUAUCCAUCUCUGUCUGGCUCCGGGAGGGAGUUCUCACAACUGGCCCAGCUGCUCCUUUGCAUUACUUGCCAGCCCAGGAUUUCUGGGUUUUGUCUUCCCUCCUUGCUGUUAGUAGGCAGCAUCUAUUUGUUCUCUAAGCGUUUACACCCAACACUCUCUCUUUAAAAGGUAGCUUUCCAGAGGGCUGGAAAGUGGGAGGUGCUAGCUUAACUUGUGUGGUGUGGAGAACUCCAGACACUGCUAACACCUGUCCAAGAUAGUCUCCUCGUUUUAUUAAUAGCUGUCUUCGAGUUGGCAUGUGAGUUUUCCUAUGUAAAUAUGAGGAACAGAAUGAAAGACUACAUCACAACAGGAUGAAUGAUCUGUCAGCCCCGCAGGUGGAGGCCGGCAUCUGAUCCUUGCCAAAUAAAACAUUGUGUGUGUGGCUUAGAUGUCUUAGGAGAAAACUGGCCGAGGCCCUCACCUCAGAGAGCCAACUGCUAGGGGCAGAGGAAUCUGGAAAGAGUUAUUAAAAAAUAAAAAUUAAAAGUGAAGAGAAAGCCCAGAUCUCAACAGUCCACUGGGAAGCAGCUAACACCCUAUUUUUGGAUUAAAAGAAUAACUGUGUAGUUGAAAGGGAAGAAUUUCAGCUAAGUUCAAAGUGAGUCAAGAAAGUGAGGAGGAAGCGUCAAAAUAUAAAUGACCCUGGACUAGGGAGUCAGCUCUAUAAGCAACGUGCCUCAGCUGCAACUUCCAAGGCUCAGAACCCACAUGCAAAAAGCCCCAUAAUGGUGCUUCCCACUUGUGAUCCCAGCAUGGGAGAGGCGCAGACAGGUGGAUCCUCAGGGCUCACUAGGUGGCCCACCCAACCUACCUACUUGGCAAGUUCCAGGCCAGUGAGAGACGGUAUCUCAGAGAAAACAUUGUGGAUGUCACCUGAAGAACAACACUUGGUGCUGUCCUCUGACCACCACGCAUGCACAUAUGUGUGUCUGUGUAGAAGCCAUUCCAUAAGCCACCGAGGCCACAGAGAAAACAUGGGCAGGAGUCAAUAUACAUGUGUCUGUAGGAAGACUCAUAUAUCACGUUCAGGUGGGGUUUUCCAAUCCUGAUAAAGAGGACAGACUGUUAGAUACAAUGCGGAGGACUUCUGAGGUGUGACAUCUGCACACGAGACUCCCUGAGAAUCCUCAGUGAAACAGAAUAACAAACUUCUGCGAGCUAGAACCUUCUAUGGGUGCAGGGAUGCUGGAGAUAGUAGGCCCUCCCUAGAGGUGGCAGUGGAGAUGGGAUGGGUAUGUCAGGAUGUGGGAAGGGAUCUGGAUAUCUUUCUUGGCAACACGCUGUUCAAGGUCAUCUCCCAGUCCAGGAUUCUGUGGCUCUCCACGUGACGCAGCUCUGAGUGGUGCAUCUGCUUAGAGGCAGCAAAAGUGACUAUUCACAUUCAUCUUGUUCUUAACUGCUACCACCUUGUCACCAUUUGAAACCCAUCAGUGCUCCUUCCUGUGAGUAGCAUGUGGCUUCAUAUCACAGCCACUGGUGGCCUGGUCAGAGCUGUCUCCAUGUGUUUGCUUCACAAAGAAGCACACAGACAUGAGGGCAGCUAACUGCCUGCCUGGGGUCUUACACCUCCAUUGACUAGCCUGGGACACUCACCUCCAAUCUCUUUUGUAAGAACACCUUGCUGACAAAGAGUAACCCUCAACCCCAAACCAUCCUCUAUUACUCUGAACCCUCGUUCCAAUGGGAACACCCAUGGUGCUGUGGGAAGUGGCCCUAAGAGUCCGGAAACCCCCCACCUCUUGAGAUGAUGAGCCCCUGGUCUCAGUGAGAGAAAAAUCCAUUCUGUUAUACCCACUAAUUCCCCCUUUCCUGCCCCCCAGCCCCCCAACAUCCACCCGACAGAAGGAUAUACUUUGCUAUAACUUAUUAUUAUGUUCUCUGUAAAUACAAGAUGUUUAUAGGAAAUGUGUAUUCUGAACUAUAUCUGCAGAGUGGAUUGUGACACCAAAAUAGUUCUGUUUAUUUAGAGUAUGUUCAUUGUUAAAGGGACCUAAUAGGUAUUUAUUUACAUAUGCCAUCCACAUUUUCAUAAAAUCAUUUGAUCAUACUAAUAACUCGGCCUCCUGCUAUGUUGCUGCGCCACAGUGUCUUAUUCUAAGUUGUUUAGUACAGUGAUUGGCCAAACUUUUGGGGGGUUUAAGAUCAAAUAUAACUGACUCUCCUUUUGACAUAUUCAGGGGUGUCCCCCCCCCCAUGUUGUGCCUGAUGAAGACUGCCACCUUUCUGUCUUAAAUACUCUAUUUCCUCAUAUAAUCUGCCCUCUCCUCACACCAGACACUUGGAGAAGGGCAGGUGGCUUGUGUUUCUCAUCCCUUCUCAGUGUGGCCAGCUGUUAGCUUCACCAGUCCUGGUGCUCAGGAGGUCAGAGCUGUGGACGUCUUGGGCUGAGGGAGUUGGGAGAAGCUUGGGGACAUGUGGCAGCAUCUCAGUUCUGAUGACAACUCCAGGGUCCUUGUUGGGGGCUGCUGGGGCCAGGGCCUCAAGGCCGACCUGUGAACUGCAGAUCUGGGAGUGAGAAGCCCACUGAGGACAACAUCAAUCCGUGUCUCCUUUACAGUGUUAAAUUAUUAUAGAAGGAGGAGGCGAGCAGAAGGUGAAUUAUAUGAGCAAAUGUGGGCUGUUUUCAGCACUAUUUUGUGUACAACUAAUUUAUUUUUACUGUAAAAAUACAAUAAACUGGUUAAAUAGUUAA